AUGAAUUCCUCAAUCGAUGAUAAAAUUAUCUAUCAAAAUUCGAUGAUAGAUAACAAUUCUUCAAUAUCUUCUAAUAUUAUUCCACCAACUAAAUCACGUCGUGGUCGUAAACGUGUUACAGAUCCCAUUUUAGCUACAGAAUUAAAACAUCAUCGUCGUUCACGUGCUAAUGAUCGUGAGCGUACACGAAUGCGUUUACUCAAUGAAGCACUUGAACAUUUACGUACAUUAUUACCAAUUGAUACAUCAUCUUAUUAUACUUCAAAUGAUUCAUCAAAUCAUGUUCCUAUUGCUGAAGAUAAAUUAACAAAAAUUGAAACACUUCGAACGGCUUCUGCAUAUAUUCGUUUAUUAACUGAUUUACUUGAAGGUGAUAGUAAAACUUCAUCAACAACAAAUCUAUAUUCAUACAAUAUGUCUAAUCAACAACAGCAACAGCAACAAGUAUAUCAACAUUCGUCUUAUUUUUCCUAUGCACCAUCUUAUUCCUAUUAUCAUUCGUAUUGUUAA